UUUAAAAUGACAGUCUCAAGUUCUUUGAGGAAGAGAAGAGUAAUUCAAAGGAACAGUUAGACAAACGUCCUUUCUCUGUAAGAAUAAUUAUCAUCCCCGCUUCACCAUGGCCCACCUGGGAGCCCAUUUUGCCUUUAGAUCCCGCUGGCAGAAGACCGAUGAUGAACUCUGUCGACAUAGUAUGUCCUUUAUCCUUCACAAAGCCAUUCGCAAUGACUUCUUUCAGAGCUAUCUCUACCUGCUGGAAAAAAUUCCCCUGGUAAAACUGUAUGCUUUAACAAGCCAAGUCAUUAACGGUGAGAUGCAGUUCUAUGCCAGAGCCAAGCUUUUCUACCAAGAGGUACCAGCCACAGAAGAAGGCAUGAUGGGAAAUUUUAUUGAACUAUCCAAUCCAGAUAUCCAGGCCUCUCAUGAAUUUCUCAGGAAAUUUGUUGGGGGAUCAGGGAGAGCAGGAACUGGCUGUGCCUUGGACUGCGGCUCUGGAAUAGGAAGGGUCAGCAAGCACGUCUUGUUGCCUGUUUUCAGCAGCGUUGAACUGGUUGACAUGAUGGAAUCCUUCCUCCUUGAAGCCCAGAGCUACCUGCAGGUUCAUGAGGACAAAGUUGAAAGCUACCACUGCUACAGCCUGCAGGAAUUCACACCUCCCUUAGGAAGAUAUGAUGUCAUCUGGAUUCAGUGGGUUUCAGGGUACCUGACUGAUAAAGACCUCCUUGCAUUUCUUUCCCGGUGCCGAGAAGGCCUGAAAGAAAAUGGUGUUAUCAUCCUGAAGGACAAUGUAGCUCGGGAAGGCUGUAUCUUUGACCUGUCUGACAGCAGUGUGACUCGGGACAUGGACAUCCUCCGAAGCCUGAUUAGGAAGAGUGGGCUGGUGGUUCUGGGCCAGGAGAAGCAAGAGGGCUUCCCUGAGCAGUGUGUUCCAGUGUGGAUGUUUGCUCUGCAUAGUAAUAGACGGUCCUGAUCAACAGUGGGAUUGAACAACCAGACCGGAGAGCAUUGCUCUGCUUCAGGACUGGGUCUAUCUCCAAGGUGUCCUAGGUGAUGCAGACAGAUGGAAAGAAGGGAUACAAUGUAUGUGUAGAAUGAUUGAGGAUGUCAUACAUACGUGCUGUUGCUAAUACAGUGCACACACCAGUAUGUGCACAUCUAGAAGUGUACUUACUAUAGUGAGACAUUUACAGAUGCUGUGGAUUUUCUGAGAGAUGGAGCAAAGCACCAGGAAAGUGCUUUGAUGAGCUUCCUGUUUACACCUGAAUGCAUAAGCACAUAUGAAGACCUGAAAAAGAAACAGCGCUCACAUAUUAUAGACUGUGUUUGUCACUGAUGGUUUGUGUUAUACAAUUGAUCACAGAAUGAGGUAGAAGGUCCAGACUCCUUUCCCUGUCCUUGUGUUAGCUACAUUACACUCUCUUCCUCUUUGCUUUUAUAGCUUCUCUUGAACAAACAUCUCCACCUAAAAAGAAAUACUAGUACUAAUACUAGUCAAAUAAUCUUACAAAAACAAGUCUAUUAAUUUUGUCUUCAGCCCUUCUUUUGGCAGAAAAUGUAUAUGGUUUCACUGUCUAUUUUGGAACAGUUUUACUACCAAUGAUGUAAUAUGGUUGUAAUUUGAUAGCAGAUGCUUGCAUUACCAUGUGGAAGUGUCUCCUUUCAGGAGAAAAUGUUAGACACUGAAGUUUCACCCCGGCCAUAUAAGUAGAUGUUGUCAGCAAUCUAAUUUUAGCUGCUGGCUUUCCACGGUGCCUGCUUCUUUGCAUUUGCUCCUUGUCCCUUGAAUGAAAUGAGUGUACCUUGAAAGAGAAUCAUCAAAAGAAAUAAAUAGGCAAAUAGGAUGGUGCUCACAUACUGACUUAGCUGGGUUCAGAUAAGGAAUUAGUUUAAAUAAAAUAAUCUAAAAUCUUUCAGAAAGAGAAGUGAAAUUCAGUUUUUAUUAGCACAAUGUUUAAAUAUGACUGUUUUGCCUUCAAAACACUUCAGCACCUUAAUGUUGAAGCAUAGUGAUAUGUUUUGACCCUGAAAUUCAAAGAAUCAAUUUAAAUUAAUAAAACCUACUGCAUGACUAUAUACCACCACAAAUCGUAAGAUCAUUGCUCUGGAAUAAUAGAGAAUUGUUACACUAUAUUCUUAUAAAUGCAGCAUUAACUAGAUAGUUGCAUUUUGUACGCAGAUAAUUACAUCACUUUUGUCCUUGGUUCCUUGGCCAUUCAUGCACUAUAGAAGGGAGUCAGAGCAAGUCAGAGGACAGAAUGAAAUCAAAGAGCAACUGCUACAGACUGACAGAGUAUGGCAAAACUCAGACUUCACCCUUCAUAAAUCUUGGAACAAAUUAGCAGAACCUUCUCUUGAAGCUGAUUCAGUGGACCUCUUUUAUAACAGCAUCUUUAAUUCCUUUAUCUUUUCUACUUUUCCAUAAUUGACACAUUUGCCAAUCUUCUCUGCUUUCAGUUUCCAGAACUUAUUGUGUAAAUAUGAUUCCUCAGUGGCUACCAGUAGAUGAUCUUUAAUUCUGUUGAGUCUUUGAUGUUGAUAACAAAUCAGUCCCCUUUGUCUUGUUGAAUCAAAUCAUUAAACAUUCUACUUAAAACGUC